AUGGUUUCCCUUGACAAAUACAUGUUCAACCAAGAAAAAGCAUCUCCAUUGGAUUGGGACAUGAAAUUUAAGAUUGUAGUUGAAGUGGCUCAAGGGAUCAUAUUUUGGGUUGGCAAAAUAAGCACCGCAAACAAAGAGGCAGUAACAUUGGCGGCUGCUCGAGGAACCAUAGGGUAUGUUGCUCUUGAACUUAUCAAUAGAAGUAUUGGAGUAGGGUCUUACAAAGCCGAUGUGUAUAGUUUCGGGAUGUUGUUGAUGGAAAUGGUAAGCUUAAACAAAGACUUCACAAGGAACAAUGAUGAAUCUAGUAAGUAUUUCCCAAACUGGAUAUACGACCAUUUGAACCAAGGUAGGGACAUUGAUAUUAGAAAUGUUGAUAAAAACGACGAUAAAAACAUUGGUCGGAUGAUGACAAUUGUUGCGUUGUAG